AAUAAAGUUGCUUGUGACGACAGCGGAAGUAAAAGCUCGGUGGCGGUGUUGCUCAGUUGCUAAGCUACAGCCGAGGAGCCCCGGGACUGUCAACAGGUUGUCAGCGGCCGAACCGAUGAUCUGCGGCCGGUGUAACGUUCCAGCGGCCCGGGGUUCUGAUGUUUGACCGCCGCGGACACACGGAGGUGAACCGCUCGCUCCGGUGGCAGCUAGCUCCGGUUAGCUCGCAGUGCUAAUCGUCAAGUUUACCGGCGCUCGGCUAACGACUCACGGAGGACGCGAGUCGUCAGAGUGAAUGAGAACCUGAAUCCGUGAAUCAAUGUCCAGCGGUGUCCAGCGUCUCAAACCAGCCAGUGGGACCAGUAUGGCUGCUGCCAGCACCACCAAGAUCUCAUGGCGACUGCAGGAGUUCGAGGCUCACUCCAGCAGCGUCUCCUGUUUGGCUCUGGGGCAGAGCUCCGGCCGCCUGCUGGCCACAGGAGGAGAGGACUGCAGGGUGAACAUCUGGGCUGUGAGCAAAGCCAACUGCAUCAUGAGUUUGACUGGUCACAAGAGCCCGGUGGAGUGUGUCCAGUUCAACAUGUCAGAGGAGCAGGUCGUUGCUGGUUCUCAGUCUGGAUCCAUACGAGUCUGGGACCUGGAGGCUGCAAAGAUUUUAAGGACUCUGAUGGGACAUAAAGCAAAUAUCACCAGUCUGGGCUUCCACCCAUUUGGAGACUUCCUCGCGUCCAGCUCCCUGGACACAAGCAUCAAGCUGUGGGACGUUCGGAGGAAAGGAUAUGUGUUCAAAUACAAGGGUCACACUCAGGCCGUCAGAAGUCUGGCCUUCAGUCCUGAUGGGAAGUGGUUGGCUUCAGCCAGUGACGACUGCACCAUCAAGCUGUGGGACCUGACCCAGGGGAAGACCAUCACAGAGUUCAAAUCUCACUCCGCCGCCGUCAACAUCGUCCAGUUCCACCCCAACGAGUACCUGCUGGCCUCAGGCAGCUCCGACAGAACCGUCAAGCUGUGGGAUCUGGAGAAGUUUACCAUGAUUGGUUCGAUGGAGGGAAACACGACUCCAGUCAGGUGUGUAUGUUUCAGUCCGGACGGCGCCUGUCUCUACAGCGGCUGUACAGACUCUCUGCGGGUCUUUGGCUGGGAGCCUGACCGCUGCCUCGACGUGGUGACGGUGGACUGGGGCAAAGUCUCUGAUCUGGCAGUCUGCAACCAGCAGCUGAUCGGCGUGUCUCACCAGCUCUCCAGCGUCUCGUCGUACGUGGUCGAUCUGAAGAGGGUGAAGAAGAGCGGCGGCUCUGUGAUCCAGGGAAUCAUCCAGGACUUCCAGCCGCUCACCGAGCCCAAAGAACCCAAAGGAGCCGCACUGCGAAAGAGCUACGACCGACCCACGACCACCUGCGGCUCACAGAGGGUGAAACAGAGGUCCGAGUCUGAGAGGCGGAGCCCUGAAGGUCAGAGGCGGAGCCCCAGUGAGGACGAGGCAGAGGAGAAGGCGUCGUCAGCAGAGAUCCACAACGCUGAAGACUUCAAGGAAAUCUUUCAGCCCAAGAACGCCAUCUGUAGGUCGACUGUCAGCAUCACACCAGGACUAAUGAACCAGAAUCACGUUUCG